GCUCUGUGUGUGUGGCAGCUGCGGCGCCAGGCUCGGCAGCGCCGCGAGUACCUGCAGCGCCGAGCGCAGGAGGAGCAGCUGCGGCGGCAGGAGGAGAAGAAGCAGAAACUGAGACAGGCUCUGGAUGAGAACCGUCUGCUGCCCACGGAGCUGCGGCGCGAGGCCUUGGCCCUGCAGAAGGAGCUGGAGUUGGACACCCCAGGGCUGGAUGGCACAGGCAGCCAGGACGAUGAGUACCGCUGGGCAGGCCUGGAGCCCCCCAGGGUGAUGGUGACCACCUCCCGGGAGCCCAGCUCACGGCUCCGCCUCUUCGCCAAGGAGCUGUGCCUACUGCUGCCGGGUGCCAGGCGCAUGAACCGCGGCCGGGCGGAGCUGGGCGCCCUGGUCGGGGCCUGCCAGGCCGCGGGGGUCAGCGACCUGCUGGUGGUGCACGAGACCCGCGGCAGCCCCGACGGGCUGCUGCUGUGCCACCUGCCCCACGGCCCCACCGCCCACUUCACCCUCAGCGGCGUCGUCCUGCGGCAGGAGGUUGGGGGCCUGGGGGGGGGCUCCCCUGCUGCCCCCCACCUGCUGCUGCUCCACCUGGACUCCCCCCUGGGCCGAAGGGUUGGGACCAUCCUGAAGCAUCUCUUCCCGGUGCCCCGCCCGGACAGCCGCCGCGUCGUCACCUUCGCCAACCAGGACGAUGUCAUCUUGGUCAGGAACCACGUCUACAAGCGCCGGGGCAGGACGGUGGAGCUGGAGGAGGUCGGACCCCGGUUCCAGCUGCGCCCCUACCUGAUCCGCCUGGGCACGCUGGAGCAGGGCGAUGCUGCUGACGUCGAGUGGCGCUGGCACCCCUACACUGCCACCGCCCCCAAGCGCCGCCUGCUCAGCACCACCUGAGCUGGGCCUGGGCACCCUCC